CCUAUAUAACCUUCCUUUUUCACCCCCAACUCAUUCUCUCUCUUUUCGUAACUUUUCAAUUCCUCGUAUUUUAUUUCUCUUGACUUGAGAGCUUAGUGAUGGAGACUUUUCUCUUCACCUCUGAAUCUGUCAAUGAAGGGCACCCUGAUAAGCUUUGUGAUCAAGUUUCUGAUGCAAUCCUAGAUGCUUGUCUCGAAAAGGAUCCUGAGAGUAAAGUUGCUUGUGAGACCUGUACCAAGACAAAUAUGGUUAUGGUCUUUGGUGAGAUCACCACCAAGGCCAAGGUGGAUUAUGAGAAGAUUGUCCGUGACACUUGCAGAGGUAUUGGAUUUCUGUCCGCUGAUGUUGGCCUUGAUGCUGAUAAGUGCAAGGUGCUUGUCAAUAUUGAAGAACAGAGCCCUGAAAUUGCUGAAGUUGUUCAUGGCCACCUGAGCAAGAGGCCUGAGGAAAUUGGUGCUGGUGACCAAGGUCACAUGUUUGGAUAUGCAACUGAUGAAACACCUGAGCUAAUGCCGCUGACUCAUGUUCUCGCUACCAAACUUGGAGCCAAACUUACUGAGGUGAGAAAGAAUAAAACUUGCCCAUGGCUGAGGCCUGAUGGGAAAACCCAAGUGACUGUUGAGUAUCGGAAUGAAGGUGGAGCCAUGGUACCACUGAGGGUCCAUACUAUACUCAUUUCAACUCAACAUGAUGAAACUGUCACCAAUGAGCAGAUUGCAGCAGACCUCAAGGAGCAUGUGAUUAAGCCUGUGAUUCCAGCUCAAUACCUUGAUGACAGCACAAUCUUCCACCUCAACCCAUCAGGACGUUUUGUCAUUGGUGGACCACAUGGGGAUGCAGGGCUUACUGGUAGGAAGAUCAUCAUUGACACUUACGGCGGCUGGGGUGCUCAUGGUGGUGGUGCCUUCUCGGGCAAGGAUCCUACCAAGGUGGAUCGCAGUGGUGCUUAUAUUGUCAGGCAGGCUGCAAAGAGUGUGGUUGCUUCAGGCCUUGCACGACGUUGUAUUGUGCAGGUUUCUUAUGCAAUUGGUGUGCCAGAACCGUUGUCUGUGUUUGUGGAUACUUACAGUACAGGAAAGAUUCCAGAUAAGGAUAUAUUGGCUCUGAUUAAGGAGGACUUUGAUUUCAGGCCAGGGAUGAUCUCAAUCAAUCUUGAUCUGAAGAGGGGAGGCAACUUCAGGUAUCAGAAGACUGCUGCCUAUGGGCAUUUUGGCCGUGAUGAUCCGGAUUUCACCUGGGAGACUGUGAAACUUCUCAAACCUAGCAACGCUUAGAGCCUACUUACUGAGUUAAAUGCUUUUCUGUGACAAGUUUUGUUCUGUUCCAUUUCUUUCUUUUUCCAGACGAGGGAAGCAUUUAUUUUAAUGGGGUUUAAAUUUUAUUUCUUUUCUGGCCAGGAAUUGAGUAAUGAUUAGAGUUUAGAAUUGCAGCUGAAAUUGAGGUUUUCAGAGGCCAUAGUAUAUUAGGGAUUUGUUUAUCUUUUGUCAUUAGCCUUCACUUGACAGAAGCAACAAUUCCUGACAAGCUAGUUCUCUUUUUCUCUGCUGAUAUAUUUUACAUUUUAUUUGAGAAUAUAACGUUAGGAUAUUUGCUGUUA